UUGAUGUCGGGACGCUUCGCCUUGUCUUGGGCUCAAAUGAGCUGUUUGCUGUUGUAGGGAAACAUUAGUGCUCUACCAACCAGCCAGCCGGGGACGACAACACAUCUCAACUUUUUUUCCCUGCGUGCGGUGGGGGUUUCUACACUUUUGGAGGCGCCCCAGACUGAGGAGUUUUAACAGACAAAGUCCCUUCAUUCUUUUCUUUAUUUAUACUUUUUUUUUAUUGUUGUUGUUCUUUUUAAGUGUAUACUAUCGCAAAGGAGGUGGGAGAAGAAGACAUGCCUCAGCUCAGCAGCGGCGGCGGGGACGACCUGGGAGCGAAUGAUGAGAUGAUAGCGUUUAAAGACGAAGGGGAGCAAGAGGAGAAAAUCCAAGAAAAUGCGUUCACGGAGAGAGACCUGGCCGACCUCAAGUCCUCUCUGGUGAACGAGUCGGAAAUAAAUCAAAGUCCGAACGCAGCGGCGGUCAGACGGGGACAGCAGGGCGAACAGAGGGGCUUCCCAGACAAACACCGGGUGCAUCACGACGGAGUGUCGAAGCAUCAAGAUGGAGGCAUGUACAAGACGCCGGCGUAUCCAGGGUAUCCAUUCCUGAUGCUGCCUGACCCCUACCUCCCCAACAGCUCUGUUUCUCCAUCUUCCAACAAAGUGUCGGUGGUGCAGCAGUCUCACGGGAUGCAUCCGCUGACGUCCCUCCUGCCCUACAGCAACGAGCACUUCAGCCCAAGUCCUCCACACCUGCCCACAGACAUGAGCCAGAAGACAGGCGUUCACAGGCACCAGUCCCAGGACCUCUCGGGGUAUUACUCCCUCCCUCCAGGCGGCGUCAGCCAGAUCACUCCCUCCAUGGGCUGGCAGAGCCAGCCAGUCUAUCCUGCCCUGUCCCCCUGUGGAUUCAGGCAGCCCUACUCCUCCAACCUCUCCAGCGCCGCCUCCUACUCCAGGUUCCCUCACUCUCUGAUGCUAGGCCCAUCAGGCAUGCAUCCUACAGGGAUCCCCCACCCAGCCAUAGUGCCCCCUACAGGAAAACAAGAGCACGAUCAGUAUGACAGGGGCAUGUAUGUGAAGCCGCAUAUGGAGGCCAAGCGGGAGAAGGAGCCCAAGAAGCCGGUCAUCAAGAAACCCCUGAACGCCUUCAUGCUCUACAUGAAGGAGAUGAGGGCGAAGGUCAUCGCAGAGUGCACAUUAAAGGAGAGCGCCGCCAUCAACCAGAUUCUGGGACGACGGUGGCAUGCACUGACCCGGGAGGAACAGGCCAAGUACUACGAGUUGGCGAGGAAAGAGAGACAACUCCACAUGCAGCUCUACCCGACCUGGUCUGCCAGAGACAAUUACGAGGCGGGCCUUAGCGGGGUCGCAGGGGAAAAGAGUAAAGCUGAUUGGGGCAAAAAGAAGAGGAGAAAAAGGGAGAAGCUGCAGGACUCCAAUACAGACCCGGGCUCUCCUAAGAAAUGCCGGGCUCGCUUCGGCCUCAACCAACAAACGGACUGGUGCGGUCCUUGCAGGUGUGUACCAAACAUCCACCCCAUACCCACUCCGUAGCAUUGCACUGCUGUCGUCCAACAAACAGACUAACCUCAUCUUUCCUCCCAUUGAACCAUCUGUCCAUCAGUGCAUCACUUUCCUCUGAUAGAGUCACAGUAGUUACGUUUCUCAAAGGCGGAGCUUCUCUGGAGGUGGUAAUCAUCUCCUCAUUCUGAUCAAGUUCACAAGGCAUUAUCCUUUUAA